CACGCGGUCAUUCCCGGUCGUGUCUCCGCAGGGUCCAGCUUGCGGCUGCCUGUCCAGGCCUGGACGCUGGCUCAACACCUGUGACUUCACGUGUGCGUGCCCACCGCAUCUGCAGUCGCAGCUGUAGCCACCUUUGCCAAUCCACACCUAGACGACAUCGGUGGCUACAAGCCCUACGUCACACCUGUGACCCUCAACACCCGGGUCACAUCUGUGACACCUGGUCACGCUGACACCUGUGGCCACAACCUGACACCUCUAGUGACACACGAAGAGCCCCCUUACCUCACCUGCGGCAGCAUCCCACCCCCUGCCCUGCCCACUGCCCCGUCCGCGCAGCAAGCAGCGCCGAGAACAUGGCCCUGGCUCAGGGGAGGGGGGCCCCGCGGGUGCUGUUCGGAGAGUGGCUCCUGUGCCAGAUCAGCAGCGGCUGCUACGAGGGGCUGCGGUGGCUGGACGAGGCGCGCACUCGCUUCCGCGUGCCUUGGAAGCACUUUGGGCGCAAAGAUCUGGGAGAGGCUGAUGCGCGCAUCUUCAAGGCCUGGGCAGUGGCUCGCGGCAGGUGGCCGCCCAGCAGCAGUGGAGGUGACCCGCUGCCGGCCGAGGCUGCAGAGCGUGCAGGCUGGAAGACGAACUUCCGCUGUGCACUGCACAGCACCAAACGCUUUGUGAUGCUUAAAGACAACUCAGGGGACCCGGUCGAUCCCCACAAGGUGUACGGGCUGAACCCGGACCUGGAGUGGAGAGAAGGCCCAGGCCUUGACAGAGAGGAGGAAGAGGCCCUCCACGGUGCCCCACCUACACAGGGUGGACUCCCAGGGCCAAUCCUGGACAGCGAUGCUGAGCCCAGAGCGCUGAGCUCUCUUUCUGCCCCAACUGCUGACUCGGAGGACAUCUUGAUCCAGGCUGUACAGCAGAGUCACCUGGGUGGCCAUCUGCUGGAAGCCACAUGGGUGGUAGACCCCAGCUCCUCACAGGUUCUUGGGGCAGGCCAGAGUCCAGCCAUGGAGCCCUUGCUCGAGGUGGAAGCCCACGCAGAACCCGUCCCUACUACCUGCACCCCAAUGGGAGAGCCCAGCCUGGGGGUCCUGGACGUGACCAUCAUGUACAAAGGCCGCACGGUGCUGCAGGAAGUGGUGGGGCGCCCCAGCUGCCUGUUCCUGUACGGCGCCCCUGGCCCAGCUCGGCAGGCCACAGAGCCCCAGCACGUGGUGUUCCCCAGCCCCGCGGAACUCCCUGACCAGAAGCAGCUGCGCUACACCGAGGAGCUGCUGCGGCAUGUGGCCCCCGGCCUGCAGCUGGAGUUGCGGGGGCCAGGGCUGUGGGCCCGGCGCAUGGGCAAGUGCAAGGUGUACUGGGAAGUGGGAGGCCCACUGGGCUCUGCCAGCCCCUCCACCCCCGCCAGUCUGCUGCAGCGGAACCUUGACACCCCAAUCUUCAACUUCGGCACUUUCUUCCAAGAGCUGGGAGAGUUCCGGGCACGGCGGCGCCAGGGCUCCCCACACUACACCAUCUACCUGGGCUUUGGGCAGGACUUGUCAGCCAGGAGGCCCAAGGAGAAGAGCCUGGUCCUGGUGAAGCUGGAGCCGUGGCUGUGCCGGCUGUACCUGGAAGGUGUGCAGCGUGAAGGCGUGUCCUCCCUGGACAGCAGCAGCCUCGGCCUCAGCCUCAGCCUCAGCCUGUGCAGCACCAACAGCCUCUACGAGGCCAUCGAGCACUUCCUCAUGGAGCUGGACCAGCCUGCCUAGGGCCAGACACCAGCCCCUUCCCCUAAUAAAAAGAACCCAAGAACCAGUGCUGGCGUCCUGGCUGAAGGUGGGCUCUGGGGGUCCUCGCUCCAGCUCUGGGAAGCCUGGUCUUAGCAGCACCCCAGCUGGAAAUGGAGAGGGGCCUGGGCUGCACAUCGUCCCUAUGAGGCCACGCUGCAGCCCCAGGGAGGGAGAGGACCCCCUAACACCCAAGCACCCAGGCCUCUCCUGCACACCCACGCUCUUCUGCCUUCACAAUGAAGAAACUCAAGCCACAUGCUUUGGAGCCAACCAACUCUACUCAGAAGACACAGACCGCCCCAAGACCACAGGUGUGCUGGGAGGUGAAGGAGGGGACGCCGUGCCCUCCACAGCCCUGGGUACAGCCACCUCUGUUCUGAGUCCAGAGCCUGUCCCUAGCCUUUGACAUGUCCCAAUACCAUGGCCUGCCUCAUGGGAGGUAGUGAGCCGAAUGCCCAAGUUUACAGGGGCAUAAGUUGGAAAAGAAAAUAAAUUCCUAAACGAGA